ACCCUCCGACCUUUGAUGGCAAGUCAGAAUCGCUAGAUGCUGAAGGUGGAUCAAGAAGAUGGAGAAGAUCUUCAGGGCGCUUUUCUGUACUGACGAUCAGAAGGUAGAGUAUGCCACUUACAUGUUGGUGGAUGCAGUUGAUGAUUGGUGGUAUUAUGCACGAGCGCUUUUGCACCAGGAACUCGGUGAAGGAGUACCCAUCACUUGGGGUCACUUCAAGCAGGCUUUUUUAGAUAGUUUCUUCUCCCAAGAAUUUCAGGAGGUAAGAGCCAGACAGUUUGAUGAAUUAGUUCAAGGGACAAUGACUGUCGAGCGUUAUGCUGCAAUAUUUGUAGAGCUAUCUCGUUUCGCAAGUUACUUGAUUCCAGAUGAAGUGAAGAAGGCAGUAAAGUUCGAGCGAGGACUACAUCCGAGAAUUCAAAGUUGCUUAAUACCACUCAAGAUCCGUAAUUUCACCGACUUGGUCACUCGAGCCACUCUUGUGGAAGAAGAUAUGAGGGCGAAUGCAGAGCUUUUCAAUAAGAAGAAACUCGAUGAAGGAGUACCCAUCACCUGGGGUCGCUUCAAGCCGGUGUUUUUAGAUUGUUUCUUCUCCCAGGAACUUCAGGAGGCAAGAACUAGACAGUUUGAUGAAUUGGUUCAAUGGACUAUGACUGUCGAGCAUUAUGUUGCAACAUUUGUGGAGCUGUCUCGUUUUGCAAGUUACUUGAUUCCAGAUGAAGUGAAGAAGGCAGCAAAGUUCGAACGAUGACUACAUCCGAGAAUUCGGAGUCGCUUAAUACCACUCAGGAUCUGUAAUUUCAUCGACUUGGUUACUCGAGCCACUCUUGUGGAAGAAGAUAUAAGGGCGAAUGCAGAGCUUUUCAAUCAGAAGAAACGCCAACCACCACUACAAGUGCCUAACAAAAACAAGAAGCCUACUCCAAGUAACCAUCCGAGGCCAUCUCGGGGUAGUCAAUCCUACCCAGUUUGCAAGAUUUGCAAAAAAUGCAUUUGGGAAACUGUUUGUUGGGUCAGAAUGCUUGCUUUAUGUGUAAAGAGCCCAACCAUAUGGCCCAAGAUUGCCCGAAAAAGAACACAUUAGCUCUAGCUAAAGGAAGUGGGCAGAGGGCUACAACACCAUCUAAAUGUGGUUAUAGAUGAUGAAGGUGUGGAUACAUAGCAAGAGUGCCAAGAGUAGAUUAUACUCCUAAAGACUUAGACCUUGAAUAAGUGUUAUUGCCACAUGAGUUUAGUUAUACUUAGACAUUUGAAUAAGUGUUGAUGUCACACAAGACUAGUUUUUUUUUUUACUUUAUUAUGUUUUCGCUUUUAUAUCAUGAAACCUGUUAUGUUAGGUAAGUUUUAUGAUUCAAUAAAUGAGGUAUUCUUUUAUAAUGUCAAAUCUUUACCGGGCAUAAUGCUACGAAUGUACGUAACAUUCU